AUGUAUGCCCAUACGGAUGAAAGAAAGGCAUUUUUCGAAAAAGUGCACGAAGAAGCAAGGAAUGCGGGAAAAAAGGGAUGGGGAGCACUAAAUUUUGUUGUUAGACUCAAAGGGCAAAGUUUUAAGAAAUGUCCCCUUCCAACAACCAUACCUAAUAUCCCAACUUCGAAUAUUCGAAAAGAUGUUGUUUCCUCAGAGAUUUAUCCAAAUGAUGCUCCUUCUGAGCUUGUCCCGAUUCAGGUAUAUGGUGAUGGGAAUUGUUUAUUCAGAACUCUCUCUCUUUUUGUGUUUGGACAUGAGGACAAUUUUAAGGAAAUGAGGGUACGAAUUGUGUUUGAACUUGUUUCAAACCUGAAGCGCUACACAAAUGAAAACACUUUUGUGACCAUGUCCACAAACAAAAGUUCAAUUCAAUAUAUCUUUGAAAGUUCCCUGUCAGAAGAUUGCUUAAUUACUGGUGAUUUGGUUGCUUCAUUACAAAAGGAAACAAUAAAAACAACCCAGAACGGUUACUAUUCAAGCCUUUUACAUAUAUUCGUCGCUUCUAACGUUUUGCAGAAACCAAUCAUGUCAAUAUUCCCCGAGGUGCAAAACCCUGGUGUAAACAGAAAAGAUCAUAAUCAGCUUAUUGUUCCUCUUGACCGUGCUGAUGCUGAAGAAAAUCAGGAUGCUAUCCACAUCAUGUGGACUCACACAAUUGCUACAAAAAUAGAUGGUUGGACACCUAAUCAUUUUGUUGCCUGUAUUCACAAGUAUAAGGAACCUCUUUCAAAGCGUUCUAGGUUAUUCUUUGAGGAUUCUGAACCUCAUCGCUCAUUUGAACCAAAACAAUCACAAAAUAGUCCUUCCCCAUUCUUUGAGUCUAACACAAAUGAGGAGUCUAUUGAAACAGGUAAAUUGGGGGAAACUGCAAAGAAAGAAACGGACAAACAUGUUGAGGUUGCUUCCUUUUUCGAUUCUUCUUCAUCAGAAGAUGAUAUGUCAGAAAUACCAGUUCAAAAGACCCAGGUUGUACAUGAAAAAUGGCAUACACCCGAGAUUGGUAGUACCCCAAAUCAGCCACGGAAUAUUUUCUUUCCAGCAAAAAGGUUUGGUAAAAAGAUGAGAUCUUUCAAUGCCUCCUGGUUUGAUCGGUGGUCUUGGUUACAUUAUGUAGUUAACAAAGAUGUUGUAUUCUGUUUUUCUUGCAUAAAAUCAUUUCAGAAGAAGACUCUCAGUUGUCACAAGAAAGAAAAAGCUUUCAUAUAUAGAGGUUUUAAAAACUGGAAAAAAGCAACCACAAAAUUCGCCGCACAUGAGAAAAGUGAUUGUCAUAAAGAGGCAAUGGAAAGGGAGUUUACGAUAAAGAAGGAGGUUAAAGAUGUUGGAGAAUCUCUUUCAAAGACACACGAAGUCGAGAAGAAGUCUAACAGAGAGAAUUUGCUAAAAAUCACAAACAUUUUGAAGUUUCUUGCUCGACAAGGAAUUGCUCUUCGGGGUGACAAAGACGAGAAAAACUCAAACUUUAAUCAACUUCUCAUGCUUGAGGCUAAACGCGAUCCCCAGCUUCAGGAAUGGCUUCAACGCAAGACAAAUAAGUACGUUGCUCCAGAUAUACAAAAUGAAAUAUUGCAGGUCAUGGGGUUGCAGGUUUUACGACAAAUUGUUGCCUUCAUCAAAUCGUCUGAAUUCUUUUCAAUCAUGGCAGACGAAACACGAGACAUUUCGAACAAAGAGCAACUUGUUUUAUGCAUUCGAUGGGUAGAUCAAAAUUUCACCGCUCAUGAAGAUUUAUUAGGGAUGUACUGUCUUCCUGACAUUGGGGCUAAUUCAAUAACCCUAGCAAUUAAAGAUGCCCUCUUGAGGUUCGAUCUGCCUAUCAGCAAAGUACGAGGCCAGUGUUAUGACAUGGCUGCUUCUAUGGCUGGUUCAAAGACAGGUGUUGCAACACAAAUUCAUGCACUUGAACCCAGAGCCCUUUACAUACACUGUUAUGGUCAUGCUCUUAACCUAGCUUGCAGUGAUUCUAUUAAGGGAUGUAAGUUGCUUCGAGACACCCUGGACAUUGCGAAGGAUAUAACAAAGUUGAUUAAAGAAUCUCCAAGAAGGGAGAUGAUUUUCAAUACAUUAAAAAAUGCCCAAAAUCUAGAGAAAACGUCAGCGGGAAUAAGGGUUUUGUGUCCCACAAGAUGGACAAUAAAGGCCGACACAUUUUUGAGCAUUUUUUCAAACUAUGAAAUUUUAAGAAAUGUUUGGGAUGAAAGCCUCCAAUACGUGCGUGAGGUAGAAAUGAGAAACAGAAUUAGGGGAGUGGCUGCUUAUAUGCGCAGGUUUGAUUUCUUCUUUGGGUGUUUACUGAGUGAAAAACUUUUACGUUAUAGUGAUAAUUUGGCAAGGGCUCUGCAGGCUCCAAAUCUCUCAGCGAGUGAUGGUCAAAAAAUGGCAUCAACGACAAUGAGUGCUUUGCAAAGUCUUCGAGAUGAGACAGUCUUCACUCAGUUUUACGAGGAAGUUGUUGAAAAAGCAAAACAGAUGAACAUCGGUGAUCCGGUUCUUCCUAGAAAACGCAAAAUUCCUCGUAAACUUGAUGAUGGGACAGCAGCACAUAAUUUUUCGUCGUGUGCAGAUAUGUAUAGGAAAGAUUUCUACGAGGCAUUAGAUCUGCUUUUAGCUGGCGUAAAGUCUAGAUUUGACCAACCAGGUUACAAAGCUUAUGUAAAUCUUGAAAACCUCGUAAUUAAGGCUUGCAAAGGUCAAACGUUUGAAGAAGAAUUCAAUUUUGUCACGACCCUAUAUGAUACAGAUUUGAAGCCAAAGGAUCUUCACUGCCAGCUUUUAAUGCUGAAGACUGCUUUACCAAAAGACAUAAUGCCAGAUAUACCAAGUUUGGUUGAAUUUUUCAGACAUUCAAAUGAAAAAAGUCUGUUUGCCGAGAUCCUCAAAAUUCUCAAACUAAUUUUGGUACUUCCUGCAACUAACGCUACCAGUGAGCGCUCAUUCAGCGCCUUGAAAAGAUAG